GGUAGGUAGGAAUCUACCUACUUUUGGAUUUAAAAUAAAAUUUAGGUUUAUGCUGGUAUAUUGCAAUUGAAAUUGCUAGGACAUACCUAAAUAGUCCCUAGGCGCAUUGACUUGUAGAUGUCGAAAUAAUUGAUAAACAUUCACUUAAAGUCAUUGUAAUGGGCUUACACAUUUUUUAAGUAGUGUGGUGUGAAAAUAGUUACUGAACAGUUUAAAAAAAUAUAACUACCCAAUGCCUGCUUCCGCAAAUAAAAUCGAAAAACAUGGCGGACCCGCCGGAAAUCGAAGAAGCGACGUCAACAAGAAGUAAUUCACUUAAAAUAUCCCUUCCUACAGUACUGUGCACGCCUGAAACUUCAGAUAUUGAUUCGGUUAAAAUAAAUUCGUUUGUUACGUCCGAUUCGAACUUGUCUUUACCGUCCAACUUAGGUACACCCACGUCUCCCUUAAAAGCGUCCUCUCCCAUGUCUUUACCGACCUCUCCGUUCACAAAAAUAUAUUCCCAAUCGAAUUCCCUCGGUAAUUCAAAAACUCAAGAAGAUGGACCGAAGAGCCUAAUCAAUAGUAGCUCGGCGACCGGCAACCCUCGUAACAAAUGUGCCCUUCAACCCGGGCACAGUUUGAUGGACUGGAUCAGACUGGGCAACUCCGGCAAAGAUCUGACCGGCGUUGGAGGACGGAUACGACCCGUCACCCACACCGAAUUAGCGGCACACAACACUCAAAAAGAUGCGUGGCUAGCCAUCCGCGGUCGGGUUUAUAACAUAACCCACUACUUACCUUAUCACCCUGGCGGACCCGAAGAAUUAAUGCGUGGCGCAGGAAUGGACGCCACCCAAUUAUUCGAUAAAGUCCAUCCUUGGGUGAACUACGACUCGCUUCUGGCCAAAUGUUUAGUAGGCCCUCUGCGCUAUGAUCUACCCGAUGCAGAAGAACUCUUCGACACCUCCUCGCCAUCCUCUAAAUCGGACCGUCUCAGAGAACCUUCUAAAGCACAAGAAUUAGUCAGAAAAUCUAUGGAGAAUUUAGCUAAUUGUAUUACGCCCGUAAGAAAGAAAAUAUCAAAUAAAAGCGAAGAAAACGUCAAAGGUAGCCCGCCGAGUAAAAUAAUGCAGAGUCUGAUACAAUCUAGCGACUUACCGGUGUCUAUAAGCCGGCGAGCAGCAGCGAGUCCUGCGAAGAAAGCGGAUAAAAGUACAGAAACUCCCACCCCUAUGCGAUACGAUUGGAUUCAAACAUCUACAAAGCUAACAAUCUCCGUCUACACGGGUCCGCUGGCAAAUCCUGGUGGAUGUGCGAGGAUUACCGACGGCUUCCUAUUGAUCGAAGUAGCAACGAACGGUUGGCUUAGAACACUUAAAAUAACACCUGAGGCGACUUUGCAGGAACCUUUGCAGCUACGGGUGUUUGCAGAGAGUGGUAAAGUAGAGGUCAUUGCACGUAAAGUGAAAAGCGGUCUCUGGAAAGGCUGCGGUGAAGUAGUCCUAGGUGUGCCAAAGAAAAUCUCUUCGCCUAGAACAAUGGAAUGUCGUAUAAUGCGUGUAGAUCGUGUGUCACACGACACUACAUUGCUUUCGUUGACACCUAAGGCUGGUCCUGUUCUCGUGCCUCUCGGGCACCACGUACGGAUACACGAGCAAAUGGAAGGUUCUGAAUUAGUCAGAUCAUAUACUCCCGUAGGCGAAGGUUGGGGUGCAACUGAUGACGUGCUUUCAGCUUUAAGAUUAGCAGUGAAGAAAUAUGACUCAGGUGCAAUGUCUCCGCUCUUGGCCUCUCUGAAGAUUAGUGACGUGGUUACCUUAUCCGGACCAUAUGGAAAUUUUGAAUUAUCAAAGUUGAAAACGGUGAAGGUAAUGUAUCUUAUAGCCGCUGGGACCGGCAUUACUCCGAUGCUCGGCCUCGUAAAGUUUAUGCUGGCGAGAUCUAACCCCAGAUGUGAACGGGUGCAUCUGCUUUUCUUUAACAAAACAGAACAAGACAUAUUAUUUAAUGAUAUCCUUGAAGAUAUAGCGAAGGAGGACGAUAGAUUUGUUGUAACAAAUAUUUUAUCCAAUGCUGGUCCGUCAUGGAUAGGACACACAGGAAGAAUAUCCAAAGAACUACUUAAAAACAUAUUCGAUAAAGAUUCCAUGAAAUGUUAUACAAAAUGUACUCAUUACGCUUGCAUUUGUGGACCAAAUGAGUUCACACAUACUUCACUAGAUUUGCUGAAACAAGAAGGCCUGAAAGAUAAUUGUUUACAUGCGUUUAUGGGCUAAGGAUAUGCUCUGACGUGAAUGUAUAUUGAAGAAAUUAAUUCUGAAUUUAUCGUGAUUUUAAUGAAAUAUUUUAUUUUGUCAACUGAAAAGAUAUUAUUAAAAUUUUUCAAAAUAAUGGAAUAGAUGUGGUGGUUUUGUUACGUAAUGGUAUUGCUCUAAAAACUUAAAUGCAAAUUGGAUUGUUUAAUUAAUCCAAAAAAUAGAAUUGAACUAGAUCGCAGUAUAUAACCAAUAAAAUUGCAAGAUAAAAUAGAUUAUCAACAUACGUUGUCAGAAAGAGUGGAAUAAUACAAGUAAAUGCAAAAAAAUAUAUCAUCUAGAUUUUAAUAGCUACUGAAAUAAAUUUACUGCAAAAAAAUACCUUUACAGAAUUAUUAAUUAUAAAUAUUAUGAAACUCUUACAAAGUAGUUUUUAUUGCUGUAAGACUAUAAAAACACAAAUAGGUAGCAGUAUAGUUAAUAUUUACAAUUUUUUUUUAGCUUUCAAGGAAACUAGAGUAAAAAUUCAAUGUUGUUAUUUCACAAGCUUAGUGAAUUGUUAGGUAUAAUGAAAGCUAACUAACUUUCGAAAAUAAAACACGUACACGAGGUUGUGCAUUUUUUCAAUAACUACCACUUACACGUUAAUAAUAUAAAUUUAAUUCUAUUAAAGUAAUUCAGAACUUAAAUAUACCUGUUGUAAUAAUAAUGAGGUUGUUAGAAACAAAUGAAUAAAUAAUAUAAAAUUUAAAAAAAAAUAAUAAAUGUACUUGCAUUUGCAGCAGUUGUUAAUUUAUAUGGGGAUGGAAUGGCGCAUGUAAAUAGAUCGAAAAUUCGCAGUUAUGUAAUAUCUGUCCUUUGAAGAAUUAGCAAAUGUUUCCAGCUAAUGUGCUUCUGUGUCUGAAUUUGUCUCUGUUUCUUUGUUUAUUAUUGCAAUUAUAAAAAUAAAAAAAUGUUCAAAAGCACAAAAAGAAAUUGGGUAAUAAUCAUGGAUUACUUAAAUGUGUAAAUACAUUAUGUAAGUAGUCUUAAAAGAAAGUGUGAUAAACUAGCUUUUUUAGAUAUUAAAAUAUGUCACAGUGUAAAUAAUUAUAGUCAUUUUGUGAUUGUUGUAGGCAUAAUUCAUUGUGAUUCGGAUUGUUAGAAUACCUCAGUGUAAAAGAAAGACAAAAUUAUAGUCGUUUAUAUCGUAUUCGAUACAUCUAUGAUUUGUAAAUAUUCCAUCCAACGUCUUUUUAAAAAUGUGAAUCUUUGUAAAGAUGAGUCAAAGUUUAAUUUAAGGAAAAUUUAUUAUAAUGAAGAAAAAAAAUUGAAUAUUUUAAUCACAAAUAAAAGACAAAACACGUCGUUUUUCGUGAAUUUGCUAAACACGAUGCUAAACAUCUAGAUCUUAUUAUUGUUGUAGUAAACAAACGUGCAUGUUUUUAGGUACCUACCUAUAUAUUAUUUUAAUAUUAUACCUAUACGAUAAUUAUCCUAUGCCUAUUUCUGCCCUGAAG